GCGACAUGGCGGCGCCCGUGAGGGACUAGUUUGGGGGGGAAAGGUAGUGGCUGGUGUCGCCGUCUUGGGGGCACUGACGCCCUGGAGCGCUCCGCGACCCCCCGAGAGAGGGAGCUGCGCUGGUAGGGGCGGCGGGAGGGGUCGGCCUUCCGGCCUCAUUCGCAACCCGGAGCGGAGCCCCGAGGACCGGGCGGCAUGAGCAACAUCUACAUCCAGGAGCCUCCCACCAACGGGAAGGUUUUAUUGAAAACUACAGCUGGAGAUAUUGACAUAGAGUUGUGGUCAAAAGAAGCUCCUAAAGCUUGCAGGAAUUUCAUUCAGCUUUGUUUGGAAGCAUAUUAUGACAACACCAUUUUUCAUAGAGUUGUACCUGGUUUUAUAGUCCAAGGGGGAGAUCCUACUGGCACAGGGGCUGGUGGAGAGUCCAUCUAUGGAGCCCCAUUCAAGGAUGAAUUCCACUCACGGUUACGUUUUAAUCGGAGAGGACUGGUUGCCAUGGCAAAUGCUGGUCCCCACGAUAAUGGAAGCCAAUUUUUCUUUACACUGGGUCGAGCAGAUGAACUUAACAAUAAGCAUACCAUUUUUGGAAAGGUCACAGGGGAUACAAUAUAUAACAUGCUGCGGUUGACAGAAGUAGACAUUGGUGAGGAAGAAAGACCACGUAAUCCACACAAAAUAAGAAGCUGUGAGGUUUUGUUUAAUCCUUUUGAUGACAUCAUUCCAAGAGAAAUAAAAAAGCCAAAAAAAGAGAAACCAGAGGAAGAAGUAAAGAAAUUGAAACCCAAAGGCACAAAAAAUUUUAGUUUACUUUCAUUUGGAGAGGAAGCUGAAGAAGAAGAGGAGGAAGUAAAUCGAGUUAGUCAGAGCAUGAAGGGGAAAAGCAAAAGUAGUCAUGACUUGCUUAAGGAUGAUCCCCAUCUCAGUUCUGUUCCAGCUGUUGGAAGUGAAAAAGGUGAUACAGUAGGAGAUUCAGCUAAUGACGGAGAAUGUGAAGGUGCAGAGCAUGAUGAAUAUCUUGAUGGUGAUGAGAAGAAUCUGAUGAGGGAAAGAAUUGCAAAAAAGUUAAAAAAGGACCCUAGUGGAAAUGUUAAGUCAGCUGGAGAGGGAGAAGUGAAGAAAUCAGUUAGCCGCAGUGAUGAACUCAGAAAAGAAGCAAGACAGUUAAAGCGGGAACUCUUAGCAGCAAAACAAAAAAAAGUAGAAAAUGCAGCAAAACAAGCAGAAAGGAAAAGUGAAGAAGAAGAAACUGCUCCUGAUGGUGCUGUUGCAGAAUACAGAAGAGAAAAGCAAAAGUAUGAAGCUUUGAGGAAGCAACAGGCGAAGAAAGGAACUUCUCGGGAAGACCAGACCCUGGCACUGCUGAACCAGUUUAAAUCUAAACUCACUCAAGCAAUUGCUGAAACUCCUGAGAAUGAUGUUUCUGAAGCAGAAGUAGAGGAUGAUGAAGGAUGGAUGUCACAUGUACUUCAGUUUGAGGAUAAAAGCAGAAAAGUGAAGGAUGCAAGCAUGCAAGAUUCAGACACAUUUGAAAUCUAUGAUCCUCGGAAUCCAGUGAAUAAGAGAAGACGAGAAGAAAGCAAAAAGCUGAUGAGAGAGAAAAAAGAGAGAAGAUAAAAUUACAGUAACGUUAACUAGAGCUAGCUAGAAACGUGCCUGCAACAAAUGGCCUUGUAACAGCCAUUGUUCCCAACAGCAUCACUUAAAGGUGUGAAGAGAAGUAUUUUUGAACCUGUUGUCUGGUUUUAAAAAACAAUUAUCUUGUUGUAUAAAUUGUGGAAUGAUUUUGGUUACUGGUACAUGCUUCCCGCCCCCCCAUUUGACCUUUUAUAUUGCUAAAUCUGAAAAAAGAGAACUUUCCUGCCAGUUUACAUGUUUGUUAACUAUUUGUAGACUGUGCCAACCUGUGUGUGUCUUUUUAUCUUAAAAUAUGUGAAGGCUUUGUUAAGAUUUUUUUAUAAGAAGUCCUUGCUAGAAAGAAUAUUUAAGGGAAAGCUCCCCAGUAUUCUGUUACCACAGUACUAAAUUUGGAAUAUAAUUUUUAAAAAAAUUACAUAAUGUAAAGAUU